AUGCGCCUGCUCGCCCCCCGAACCCUAUCUGCAGGGUGUCAGGCUCUCCUCCAGAGACCUGUGCCUCUCGUCCAGCGAUGUGCCUACGCCUCGGCCAGCCAGCCCACCUUCAAGACGCACGCCGGAUACAGGACCAAUCCCCUCGAUAAGCCCGUCAACCCGAACAAGAAGAGCAAGAUCCCCUACAAGGACCGCCCCAUGAAGCGCUCCUUUGCUCCCUUGCCGACCAAGACCGAGGAGCAGCUCGCCGCCGCAUUCCCCUACAUCGUUCGCCGCACACCAUACUCUCAGCUUCCCGUCUACCAAAAGUGGAUGUCUGGUGGCAACCGGGUGAUUGUCUUGAUCAAGAAGGUUGACGGCGACCGCACAAGGCUGGUGGAGGAUUUGGCCACGGCGUUGGAGGUUAAGCGGUCCGAUAUCCGAUUGAAUCCAACGACACAGCAUAUCGAGAUCAAGGGGCAGUACUUUAAGCCGGCAAUGGACUGGUUGCUAAACGCGGGCUUUUAA